UUAGGAUGGGGUUCUGGAUAUUCGGAUACGGGUCAUUGGUUUGGAAUCCCGGGUUUGAAUACGAUGAGAAGAAGAUUGGGUACAUCAGGGAUUACAUGCGGGUUUUCGAUCUAGCUUGCAUUGAUCACCGAGGUAUGCCUCAAAACCCUGCUAGAACUUGCACCUUGGAGAAAAGUGAGGGAGCCAUCUGUUGGGGUGCUGCCUAUUGUGUUCGAGGAGGGGCAGAGAAGGAAAAGAAGGCUAUGGAGUAUUUGGAGCGAAGAGAAUGUGAAUAUGAUCACAAAUCUUCAAUGGACUUUUUCACGGAACAAGACCCUGUUUAUCCUGCUAUAACUGGAGUUUUGGUGUUAAUGUCCACUCCAGACAAAGUGAAUAACAAGUACUACCUGGGACCUGCUCCAGUAGAAGUAAUGGCAAAACAAAUAGCUACUGCUUUUGGUCCUUGCGGGAACAACAGGGAGUAUAUAUAUUUUCAAAAUGGAGAAAGCCUUGCAUGAUAUUGUCAUAUUGGGCAUGAGGAUAAGUACAUAGUUGAACUUGCAAAUGAAGUGAGGAAAGCCCUUGGGAUGGUGGGAGUUUCAGGUCUUCUAAAGGAAAAGAAGAUGUUAAGCAUUGGCAGCUGCAGCAACAUUCAUCCGCCCCUUCAACUCAACAAGUCACUACACUUAUCCCCCCUUCAAAUCCGUCCCUUACCAGAAGUUGUUGUUCCCUCAGCUGCAUCCAUUGCCACGGAUACAUGAUGAGUUGCUGAAACCAAG